GCAACUCGCACACAAAAUUUCCGAAAGCAUUUACGCGUGUACUCUGUGUUGCUUGCUGCCUCUUCCAUCAGCAGGUCAAGAACUGUUACAAUCCUGUUCUAUUUCUUCCUUUGCUUUUUGGCUUUUGUCUUUAGCCUUGUCUUGCUUCCCAUGUCUCUUUCGUCGCCAGCCUUCGAACGCCAACUUCGCCCGGUUUAUGACGCGCUCGACACUGGCUCGAACAAGUCUGCGUUGCUGAGCUGUAACAAACUGCUCAAAAAGUACCCUAAGAAUGACUUGCUUAAGGCCUUGAAAGCACUUGCCCUCCUCCGAUCACAGAAAAUCGAGGAGACCCUUGCUCUCUGCGAUGAGAUUUUGGCUAGCAAGCCCACCGACGAUGGUACUCUGUCUGCCAUGAUGCAUGUCCUUAGGGGUCUCGGACGCCACAGUGACAUGGUUUCCAUGUUCGAUGAGGCAUUCAAGCAGAACCCUGGUAACGAGGAGCUUGGAAUACAGUCUUUCUUUGCCAAUCUUCGUACGAGCAAUUGGAAAGCCGGACAGCAGUUGGCUACCAAAAUGCACAAAACAUUCCGCGAUGACAGAUACGUCUACUGGGGAAUCAUGUGCGCUGUUCUUCAAGCCAAGGACCAUACCACGCCCAGCAACGUCAGCGGCAUAUUGUACAAACUCGCUCAUCGGUUGAUGUUGUCCGUCUGGACUCCGAUGGAGGGAAACCCUGACCGUCUAUACCUGCACGUCUCCAUCCUCCGUCAACUCGAACUCUACGAGGAUGCGCGUACACUACUGGAGAGUGAACAGGGAAAGGUGCUUUGCUCACGAAGUCUGGCAUGUGAUGAGCUCAGGCGCGACAUCUACAAGACUACCGGCUGGAUGAAGGAAGAGGGCGUGAAGGCUAAAGAACGGAUAGAGAACGGUGACCGCAAUUGGCUGGAGUUUCUAUCCGUUUUGGACGCCACAUUUCCUUCACUGGCAUCACCCGAUGCGACGUCUUCGAGCGACGACGACGACUCUUCUUCCCGCAUACAGGAGGUCCGAGAACUUCUCGACGGAAUUGCAGCAAAAGACGGCUUAAACGACCGUUCAGCUUCAUUGGCAUUACUAGAGCUUGAGAAGCGUGCUCGUACUCAUGGAUUGGCUACGGACCCAUCUCGCAUGUUAGACCUUUUAAAGGACUAUCUAUCGCGGUUUGGAGACAAAAGUGUAUGUUAUGAGGACCUCCGGCCGUACACGAGUCUCGAAGGUGAAGAAGCAGAGCAAUGGUCAUCUCACCUCGACGGACUUUCAUAUUCUUCGUCUACACUCGCAGAACUUCAGCGUCAGAUCAAUGUCUACAAACUCCGGCGCUAUAGUCUUCAGGAGUCACAACUGACGGUAGAGCUUGAGGUUGCUCGUGCUGAUGAGCUCGUACAUGAGUACAUCGAAGCGCUUGCGUUGGGCAAGGGUCUACCUAAGACUGAGCUGCAACCGGCAGACGAUCUCGCUGUUCUCGCGGGACAUGUCUACGUGAGCCUGUACCAGCUUACAAAGGACGAGUCAUACUUGCAUCAUGCUGUCGUCGUGUUGGAAUUCGCUUCCAAAAAGAGCCCUCAAUCCUAUCAGAUACAUUUGUCGCUUGUCCAAAUCUAUCGCUUGCUCGGUGCUCCUCAGCCUGCGCUGGAGCAUUAUCGUCUGUUGAAUGUCAAGCAGAUUCAAACCGACACCCUUUCCCAUUACCUUCUCUCAAGAUCGUCUACUUUCUCUAUGGCCCCAACGGGUGACAUCACAUAUAUCGCCGAGAGCUUUGAACAAAAUCAAAUCUAUCUCACCAACACCCAGGAGGUAAAGAGCGGACAUCUUCAAAGGCCAUCUCCCCCUGCUAACGUGCGCCAGACGGCGGAAUAUGUCGUUAAAGCCUUCGGCGGCGAAAAGUAUUCUCAGAUUCCAGAUUUUGUCCUGUUCGAAGACUGGCUAGAUAAUUCCCUUCAACGAAACCUGGCGAGGACAGAGCUUCUCCGGAUGCGUAUCACACACGAACCCAUAUCACAAGACCUGUUCGACGUGGAAUUGAUUGAGCUCAAGUUCAACUUUGAUCGGCGCCACCACGAUAAUAGGGACUUCGAUGUUAUGCCCAACUACCAGCCACGGUGUCAACCCUCUUUCCAGGAGCAAACUCGAUUGUUCGGUCGUGACGCAGGACAUGGAUGGUUGUGGAAUUUCCUCAGGAUAUACAUCCGAGCGUUCCAGCACGCCAGUGAUCUGUCCGAGGCCGUCGAAGAGAAACUCCUCAUCGGUGACCGGCCAAAACAGCCUGCCGACCUAGAGUGUAGGUUACCGCUGGAUGAACGGCUGGAUCAGCGGGAACCUGAAGAGCUCGCCGAGCUCACUCCGGACGAGCACGCCCUUCUCGAUUAUGGCAAGGCGCUAGGAGACUGGCUCGAGCCUUACCACAACCACACCCGACCACCUCCCGCGCAGGUUUUGGCUGAGGCUGUCCGUAUGACAGAGCUCAAAACUGGACAUACAUUGAAGAACAUUGAACUUUCACCUGAGAAUGGUAACGCCAACGGCCACGCCAAAAAGGCUGAGGACGCUCCCCAGGUCCAAGAGCCUCCACCGUCUUUGGUCGAGUUCUUCGAUAACAUGCUCUCACGCUUCAAGGAGGUAUCUGAAGCUAAGGGGUCCGUGCAAGACUUGCUUCACGUGGCCGUUCUCACGCAAGAGGCAUUCAUUCUGUUUGCAAUCGAGACUUUCCGCUUCAAGAACGCCUCCACCGUCAAAGUCAACAAACUCGGAGCUUUGGUGCAAAGCUUCAAGCCUGUUCGCGCGAAAGCCGUCGAGGUCUUGAAGGAGAUAAGUUCAUCACUAACAAAGCUCGGCGAAGGUGAAGGUACUGCUGAGAAGCGCAAGGCCUUCGUCGAGGGAUGCAAAUCUCUUCAAGCUGUUCCCGAGUUGAAUCACGACUAUGUCCUCGACAUCGCGAAGAAGGUUACCGACGCUCGUAAGAAGGUUUUGGAAGGUGUUGGGAAGGGAAUGACUCGCGUCGCCACGAACUAUGCUUCAUGAUCGCUCUGGACCUCAUAGACUUCGCUAGAACUACACACAUCAGCAUCCACUGCAUUGUAUUACAAUCUCAUGUUUGAAAUGCUAUCAUCACCACUGC